AUGAAGAGCUGCUACCAUAUUGAAUACGAGCUGCUCCCAGGCACUGCAGAGACGACCCAAGUGGACCUGGUGGUGUACGGCCCGGUGGCAAAGCUCUGCCGGGAGGAGGAGUCCCAGGCCCGCUACGAAAACCGCAAAGUCUUCAGCCUGCAGGAGGACGAGGCGUGCGGUGUGAACGGGUGUGUCAAGACUAUGGUCAAUAAAAUCAGAGCCUGUAUUGAGAAGAAGUCAAAAACAUCUGUAAAGAUCCCCUUCUUUCAAUCCAAAUCAGAGUUGGGCUCAGAAAUAGACAAGAACACAGGUCUCCUGAACAGUGACCUUCAUAAACUGGACAUUUUCGAGCUUGAGGAAAUCAGAAAACCUGGCAGUGUGUCAGUGGAAAUCAGCCCCGUCCCACUGCUGGCAGGUGACACGGUGAAUGAACACUUCCCAGUGCGCUCUGCCGGAGUGGCUGAAGUCUUGUGUAACAUCUCUCUGGACAAACCCUUGAUGUCAGACCAACUGAAGGCAGAACUCAACCCACUGGUACUCACCAUCCUGUCUGCAACCUCCCUGCCUUCCUCUCCAGUCCCUUUCCACAUCCUGCAGGAGGAAUGUCUGCCCGUCUACUGCCAAUACAAGUUCCAUAACUUGAAGCCACACAGGACAAACUACCACAAGCAAGGCGCUGACAUCUACUUCAGAGAUGUGAACGUGAUCAUGACUGGCCUGAUGAGUUCAGCGGACGUCCAGCAGUUCCUCUGCGGUCCGCCUCUAGAGAUAGAGGUUCACGAUCGGGACAGGAAGUUGGCCAAAGAACCAACAUUAGAAAACAUGAACACUCAUGGUGUGGCAUGUUUAAACCUGUCCGAGCUCCUGCUUGGGGAGAAAAGUCUAGAGCUGCACCUACCAAUCAAGCGCUGUCGUCCCAUGGAUAGAGCAGAGCAGAGGAGGAGACAGGCAGCAGGAAGCAGAGCUCUGCUGCCUCAAGGUCAUUAUUACGAAAACAAUUCUCAGCUUAAAGUGAAAAUAGACAUUGCUUGUCCACUCAACAUAAAGAGCCUCCAUAGUGUGGUUGGACCGAGCCUCGGUCCCUUCGGGCGCAUUAUCUACCUCUUCAGUGGCGAUAAUUCCUCCAUGGUCAAGAAGUUGAGGUCGGAGAUCCUACAAAUCAACGCAGCAGCCUUCCACCUGGGCUGCUGCUCGCUGGAAAGUAUAGAAACAGCCUUAUCAAACCACGCAAUGAACUUCAGGCCCGACGGCAGCGAGAACGUGGAUUUUGUUUCAGGAUUUCACCUGCAAGACAAGAAGAUACACGUUUUUGUUCUUGAAGGGCUGAAAGACAAAGCAGUGAGGAGCCUCUGGGAGACCUGUCCAAUGAAGCUCAGUGAGAAGGAGGAGGAGCAGGUCACUGUCCACUACGACUCAGGCCUGGGCUUUUUCACACGCCUCUACGGCUCUCUGGAUUUGUGCCUGGGGCCCAUCCAGCUGCGUAAACCACUGGCGAGCAUCAUGAGAACGCCUCGGGUCCACGUCAGAGGCGCCGUCCCUCCAGCCUGCUACCAAGCUUUGUCACGGCUAAGCCAGCUGUGUGACGUAAGGCUGCUCCAUGAAGCCGUGCAGUGCGACCUCUUCCCCUCGGCUGCCAUGAUUCUCAGUAUGAGCAAGGAGUUUGGUAUCCGUGCACGGCAAUGUGAGCAAAGUGCUGCAGCAGACACUACUGGAGACACUCCAGGAGACUGUGGAGGAGACGGGUCUGUUCGGCGUGUCCGGGUGAAACGACUCCCCCCGCUCAGCACGACCAACUCAGAGUACGUCAGCCAGAGACAGAGCCGGCAGCGGAAGCAGAGAAACUUCAUUCAGGAAAAUAUGAAGAAUGUUCAAGAGCGCCGCCCGAAGAAAGACGCCAGAUUCCUACGAGUCGAUGUACCUGCAGACCAGGCGGUGCACAACUACAGCAUCCAGACCUUCAACUUCCACAGGACAGCCAAGGAACUGCUCCAGAAAGAGAUGGCCAAGAUGCCUGGUCGGAGGUUCACCUACAGCCAGCAGUACCACAGCGCCACGGUGGAGCCGGGACCUACCACACCUGAACCCCGCCGCGGCUCCACGGCGUGGCUGAGCGGCGUGGACCGGCCCAGGGCGCAGCCUGCACGUGGUCCAAGUCUCGCCGGUCUCUGGCGCGCCUCCACCCGUUCACCCGGCUGCUACGGAAUUUAA